ACGAAGAACGAGCGGCAAUCGACAAAGUUUGUCAAUAAACCAACGCUGUUGAAAUGCCCAAACCCGUCACGCCUGUGAGCCUGUCAUCUAAUCCGGGCGCUUAAUCCUAAUGCUGAAAAUGAUUCUCUCACAAUACGAACUUGAACAUUCCCAGCACAACCAGCAAGAAGCGGGACAAGACGAACAUGCUGCUCUUCCCCGCCUGUUUUCACUGUUUCCGCUCUCGACGUUUAAAUGGCGAUACAUUACAAUCAAUCCGAAUGUCCUUGCCGCCUUUCUGGGCAGAAGUAUAUCAGGAAGAUUUGAAGAAAAUAUGAACAUGUUUUACUGCGUUUUUAAUUUUCAGAGGCUGAAGCUGGACAGCUUUGAACAAUUGCAAGAUCCGGAUCGAAGAAGAAAAUUGGCUUUUGCAAACUUGAUCAGAACCGAUGGCUUCGGGGUCGACGUGAUGUUGUUCAAAAGUUCUUUAGUGUCCCAAAAUGAGUUCUGUUUCUACUCUGACCUGGUUUCCGAUGUUCGCUACAUCAGUCGUGAGGUCCAAGGGGCAGCCCUCACCAAUAUCUCUUUAUGCGGUCUUGAUCCGGGACGUACACACGUGUUUACAGCCUCCGGGUCUGUCAGACAUGCUAAAGAAGAAAGAAGACGGAUGGACCGAGCCCAGGUGACCGACCUAUUCUUGAACAUUCCAACGGCGAAAACCGUUUCGACUUAGUUUAUCAUCGGUACCUCACGUACAUCCUUGAAAGUCUGCCACGUAUUUUGCGGUUCAACGGACCAAAUACUGCCGAAUCUGUUCCAAGGCGUGGAGAGGGCGAGAGCCGAGAUGGGCAACAUCAUCAUCAACGGUUGUAGAAAAUACAACAAAGAAAAAAGGAAGCAUACCAAACAAAACAGAAAGAAGAGAAGAAAAAGACGUGAGCGAAAUAGAGGUCCGGGACAGAAAGGCAAACGAAAGAAAAACAAAGGUG